AUGAGCUCGAGGAAGGAGGAGCCAUUGCCGCUUGGGGCUGUGCGCACCGCCGACGGAGGGGUGGUGGUGCCGGCGUCGCGCCGCGCGGACGGAUCUACACGCAAACCCAUUCGCAUCCGCCAGGGCUACGUGCCGCAGGACGAGGUUCCUAAAUACAAGACCGUCGCUCAGCGACGACGCGAACAAGAAGCGAAACGCGCGGCCGAAGCGAAAUCGGGCGGCGAUGCUACAGUUGAUGAGCUCCCGAUGGACAAAUUAUCACUGGAGCAGAAGAAAGAGGUCCCAGAUGCCAAGGAACGACCACAUACUAGUAAUUUAGCUUCUCGUCAGGAGCAAGAACGUCGACAACAAGGAAAGAAUACGAGAGCGGCGGCAACCGAGUCGGGUGAUACAAAUGGAGAUCAUCAGAAGCAGCUGAAGCGCCAGCUAACAAAGAUCAACAAACAGCUCAAGGAGAUAGCCAAACUGGUAGACGCGGGGGACGAAUCGCUGACUGCGCAGCAAAAGCAGAAGAUAGCUCGAAAGUCGGCACUGCAGCAAGAGAGAAACGAGAUCAUUGCAGAGCUCAAUGGUGCCACCGUCACGAGAAGCAACAGCUCCGGUAGUGGUCCACGCCCCAAAGUUGCCAUCAGUCUGUGA